UCAAUAAUUUAUUUCAGGCGAUCACAUGAGAAUCUCGACCCAUUAAUUUGUUGGUUAACAUUGCAUUCAGCAGGAGCACUUCAAGGCAAUGCAUGUAACAUUUUGCGCGAAUUAAGAUGGUUGAAGAAGCCCUCCUUGCACGUUGAACUCUGAUUUGCCACCAAUUAAAGCCUUUAAUAUAUUUAUUUUUGCCAGUGCUCGCUUCUUCCCAAAGUUUCUUAUUAAAGACCUCUCACCCUUCACUUUAACCCCCUCUGUGCUUCGGUUAGGCCGUCCCAAAGGACUUUCUGCCUUGUUUCACAGCCUCAUACACCUUCAGAUAGAGUAUCAUUGGAUUGAUUUAAAGGUCGCAGCUGAAGCAGAAGCAGAAGCAGCCUUUUCAGUAGCGGUCUAGAAGUGGAUUCCUCCAGUUGGGUUUGGGGAUGGAAGCUCCAACUUACCUGUAUGACACAAACUAUGGAGCCCCCCUGAUAGAGGGGAGGAAGUCUAAUGGGAAAAUAACAGAGUUCAAGACUGGUGUGCAGGUAGGAGACUUUUUUCACAUUGAUGAUCUCUUGGACUUCUCCAAUGAAGAGAUUGCAGGACCCAUUGUUGGAGAGAGUGCUGUUAAUUGGCCAAACUAUGGCACCGCUACAGAUUCCUCCACUAUAACCAUGACAGAAACAGUCAGCUGCAAUUCGUCUGUUGAUGGAAACAGCUCUAGAACUUACAAUGUUCUGGAAACUGAUGAAAACAAUCCUGCUGAACUCUGCGUUCCAUGUGAUGAUUUGGCAGAGCUGGAAUGGCUCUCAAAUUUUGUAGAGGACUCAUUCUCGACAGAAGAAGCGCCUAAAGCUUUCUUUGCUCCUAAUUUUGGGAAUGUGGGAACAGAUAAAGAAACCCAAUUGAGGCCUCAUACAACACAAGAGUGUGGGAAUGGGAAUACGAGCCCCAAUUCUGUGUUGGAUACAACUUCCAGUACCAGGAAAACCCCCACACCAGGUUUCAGUCCAGAAACUCCUGUGCCAGGGCGUGCCCGCAGCAAAAGAUCAAGACCACCUGUUUGUAACUGGUCUUCCCGCAUAGUUUCCCCUACUUGCUCAGCUUCUACUGCAUUAGAGAAUGGAUCCACCCCUACUACUUCUGCAUUAUCCUCUGACUCAGAUUUCUUUGCAGAGUCCUCAUUGCCCACAAAGAAACCAGCGGUUAAGACCAGCCAGGGAAUGGGGAUAUUUCAAAAGAAGAUUAAACAAGAACAGCAGGUGCUGCCAAUGAGGAAAUGUAUGCAUUGUGCAACAGUGAAAACACCACAGUGGAGAACAGGUCCCAUGGGGCCCAAAACAUUGUGCAAUGCUUGUGGUGUCAGGUUCAAAUCGGGUAGACUUGUGCCAGAAUACAGACCUGCUGCAAGUCCCACAUUUGUUGCCACCAAACACUCCAAUUCUCACAGAAAAGUCAUUGAGAUGAGAAGGCAGAAGGAGAUGGCAAUACUACGCCAUGGCUUGAAAGAUUCUGAGGAGGAGAUAGAAUUUUCAGACCAUGGGGAUGAUGAGGAUGGGGAUGCAGAAAAAGCACUGGAAGACCACCACCACUCAUAUUUUGUUUCUGAUGAUGAUACUUACUUCAUACAACACUACAAGACUCCAAGCAACUUAGCUGAGGUUGAGAACCCAAUUCCCUAUCCCUUGUACAAUUUUUAGGUUCUGGAAGGGCAGGAAAGCACAAUUCAAAAUUCAAUUGGGAAAAAACACAGGAGACAAGACAAAAUUAGUAGCAGGAUUUGCUUCUUUCAAAUAUACAGAAGGUGGUAAGAUGUGAGGAAAUGGAAGUGGGCUGGUUGUUGAUGGAACUAAGAGAAGGUUUUAGAAUCAAAUUUCAUUUGUCAUGUAUUCUUUUUGCAGAUUAGUUGAUCAUUUGUUUCUUUCUUCUAUGGCAUUCAAUUAUCUAGAGAAAUUCCCAUGUCAUUGGGGGAAGGGCAAUUUGAUAUACAAAUAGUCAGUCUAGUUCAGUUAUCAUGUGAAUGAGAGGCAGGAGGCCUGCCUGCCUCACUACUGAUCAGCUCUCAUUACAACAUGCACAAUAUUAUAUGAAUGUGAGCAGGAGGAGGUCUCUCAAAUCUUGUAGAUAGGAGGAAUGAGAAGAUUUAGCUGAGGAUGGGCAUAAUAUAAGAGUUUACAGAGAUUUUCAUUGGUUUUGAAAUUCCUCUUUCCACAUGUAUAAACUGAUAAAUGAGCAAUUGGAGAGUGUGUUAAAUUUUA